UCCAAAUUUCUUAACGGACUACAUCUCUACUGCCAUGACUUUCUUCCCGUCUUCUUUUUCAGUUGCUUCUUCAUAAUUCAUAGGGUCUGAAAUAGUAAGAGCAAAUUGACAUGAUGCAUAUAUGUCAGCUAAGGAUUUAUACUUUCUUGGAGGUGUCUCAUCUGAAAGUUUUUCAAGAGAAGAAUUGCUGUUUAGUGAUGCUGGAGAUGAUGAAUUUGACACACUUUCCGUUGUAGUGGAGGCACUAGGAGAUGCACUGGAGUUGACCCUUGUCUCUUCAUUUGGAGAAACUUCAACUAUUUUUCAUCAAGCUUUUGACGAAUUUGAGGAUGUUUCAAAGCAUAAGCAACACAACCAAAGAUUCGUAAAUGACUUACAGAUGGUUUCCUUCCAUGCCAUGCUUCAUAAGAAGUUUGAUUCAUAACCGCCUUUGUUGGUGAGAUGUUUAAUAGAUAAACAAAUGUUGCUACGGCUUCUGCCCAAAAUUGGUUUGGAAGUCUCCUUGCUUGUAACAUACUUCUUACCAUCUCCACAAUAGUUCGAUUUUUUCGUUCCGCAAUUCCAUUUUGUUCUUGAGUGUAGGGAACUGUUAAUUCCCUUUGGAUGCUCUCUUCUUCACAAAACAGAUUGAACUCUUUAGAUA